CACUGUUGGUCUGUGUAGAGGAAGAACGCAGCUGUGAGAAGGGGCUGACUCUGUUCUGCUGUCAGUGGUGUAAAACACUUCCACGUUGUUGCAUUUCAGAGAAACCUCGAGACUCUAGAAUGAUUUUCUUUGUGAUUCUUGUGUUGCUGUCCUGCACUGAGGCUGAAGGUCUCCAACAUGUGUUUGUGCUGCAUGGAAAGGACUUACACUUGGAUACAGAGAAACCUGUUAAACUUGACGAACACACAGAUUUGUUCUGGAGAUUUAAUUCCAGUAACAAUAUAGCUAAAUGUGUUUUUAAUAAUGAUCCAGUCGUGUAUAAGAAAUAUGCAGGAAGGGCUGAGGUGUUUGGACCAAAUUACUCUUUGAAAUUAAAGAAAGUACAACACAGUGACAGUGGAGAUUAUACUGCAGUUGUGGUCAGUGAACUAGAGCAAAGGGUAGCUGAAUGCAAGGUCAUAGUUCAAGAUUCAGUGACUCCUGCCCAACUGACAGUGGAGUCUGUGUCCAACAGCUCAGAUUCCUGUAACCUGACUGUGACCUGCAGCACAGUGGACUUUAACAUCAGCAGUAGUUUUAGAUGUGAUGGUAAAAUCUGCUCUCAUGCAGGAGAAAAGGAUUUGAAGGCCACAAAAAAAUGUUCCUCUUUAAGUGUUUACCUGCAGCAAGACACCAUUUUCUGUAAUCACAGCAACAAAGUGAGCUGGAAUCAGACCAUGAAGGUGCUCAAAUCUUACUGUGAAACAGAGACAGGUUCUGAGAGUUUCUCUGACGGUGUCUCCUUCUGUAUGGUGAAGACAGUCGUGUUCUCUGUUGGUCUGAUCAUCAUGGUGUCUGCUGUCAUCAGUGUUCACCUCAUCGAGAAACUUCAGAAGCAAAACUAAAGAAAGAAAAAAGGACGCACAUCUAUGCAUAAAACUAUUCAUGUACCUUUACAAGAGCUUCACAGGGCGUGUAUGAUUAGCUGUCAAUGAAGUCCACCAAAUGCUUAAUGUAUAAAUAGAACUUGCUGAUGUGUUUUUUAGGAUUUCAUCUUAGGAAAAAGUGUCUGGGAGGCUAAGCAGGUUUUUGACUUUUGAAUGUUUGGUAUAUCAGUCUUGAUUGUAGACAUUUCUUCUGUUUGCUAUUUAUUCCUGCGGUCUAAUAUUUUUAUUUUAUUCCGGCACAGUUGGUGUGCAGCCCCUUAAUUUAGUUGUAUGUGUACAAUGGCAAUA